AUCUCAAAGACUAAUAUCACCAUCAUUGCCUAUUGUCAAUAACGACAACAAUAAUAAAAUCCAAUAUAGAGAUACAAAUGAUGUUAGUGAUUUUAGUAAAAAGUCAGGAGCAUUCAACACAGUAGGUGUAUCAAAUAUAAAU